CAUCGAUUGUUCCCGAUAUGAAAUCCCGAUACAUCUUCGAUAGUGAAUCGUUUGUUUGUUGUUGUUGAUUUUUUUUCAGAAUGAUUUUCUUAAAAUCCAUUCGUACUGUCAUUCAGCUGUUUAUUUUUGCUUCAUCGUUAUUAUUUCCAUUAUCGCUGAUUAGCAAUGUAUUCAGUGAAGAAUUGCCCAACAUUGAAUUUGGUCCAAAAUCAAUAACGGUAGUUGCCGGUGAAAAUGUAACAUUAUCAUGUGGUACAUUACCGAAUAAUGAUUCACAAUUAACAAUAAAUUGGCAACGUAAUGGUCAAUCAAUACCAUUAUCACGUCAUCGACAAACAUUAUUACAUAUACCGGAUAAUGGAUCAAUAUCAAGUCUUCACAUUGAUUAUGUUAGUGAAUUGGAUGAAGGUGUUUAUCAAUGUACUGCUCGUAAUGAAUUAGGACUUGAUGUUUCACGACCAGCACGGCUUUCGGUUCAAUAUGGCGCCAAAAUAACCGGUGGUCAACGUUUUGUUUAUAAUGUUACGAAAGGAACAAAUGUUCCUAUUGAAUGUAAUGCACGAGGACAACCAGCACCUAAAAUUGAAUUAUUCAUCGAUAAUCGAUCGCUAAUCGAUGGUGAACAUUAUUCAAAUGUUUUCAUUCAAUUCAAUGCAACCAACACUACGAAUAUUACUUGUAAAGCAACAAAUUUUCUUACAUCAAUCAAUCAAACAGUUGAAGAUGUUCGAAUAUAUGAAAUUUAUGUACAAGAAAUUCAAGAACCAACCGAACAAUUAGAAUCAAUCGAAUUGGAAGAAGAAGAAAAAAAACGAAUCAAUACAUUGCCUGAUGGCUAUUGUGCACCAUAUAUGGGACAGAUAUGUCGUGAACAUGUACCACGUAAUUCAUUAGUUUUUUAUAAUGUUAGCGAUAUUGAUGAUUUUGCACAUAAUAUUAAUGAAGAAAUUGUUAAAAAUUUAUGGAAAGAAUUAAUACAAUCAUUACAGGAACCAUGUAAAAAUGCAGCUGAAAAAUUACUUUGUCAUUAUGCAUUUCCACAAUGUUCAUGGUCGAAAAGAUUUCCAAUGGGUAAACCAUUAUGUCAAGAAGAUUGUAUAGCGAUACGUGAAUCAUUUUGUAAUCGUGAAUGGGCAUUGCUUGAAGAUAAUCGUCAACGUGGUGUUUAUUUUAAAUCACGUGGUCAUUUUCGUUUGCCCAUUUGUGAACAAUUACCAUCACAUGCUAAUCAAACAAAUCCGGAACAAUGUUCACAUGCUGAAUUGACUACAUUUCGUUCGGAUAAAGCAACUAUCGAUUGUAUUGAAGGUCGUGGUCGUUUUUAUCAAGGAACUGUAAAUAUAACCAAACAUGGUCUGCCAUGUCAACGAUGGGAUUCACAAACACCACAUGCACAUAAUCGACCACCAUUUGUAUUUGAAGAGAUUUGGAAUUCGGAAAAUUAUUGUCGUAAUGCUGGUGGUGAAGAACCAUUACCAUGGUGUUAUACAGCCGAUCCAUAUGUUCGUUGGCAACAUUGUGACAUUACACCUUGUGAACGAAACAAUACAAAUAAUAAUGAUGAUUAUCAUGGUGAUGGUUCAACAAUAAUUACCAUCAAUAAUUCAAAUUUAUCAUUUCGAACAUUUGCAUCUUAUCUAAUGGAUUGGAUUCGUCGACCAUUAAGCAGUGUAUUACAUGUUCAACAUCCAUUAUUAUUACCAUUAAGUAUUGGAUUGGUCAUAAUGUUUAUCGUAAUUGUUACAUCGAUCAUUACGUUAAUGAUUCGUCGAAUUCGUUAUCGAAUGAAUUUGUAUGCAUCAACUAUGACAGCAAUCGAAGGAUCUUUACCUACCGAUUUAGAUCUUUCAAAAUUACCAUCCAAUAAUACUUAUCAUUGUACAUCAGCUAUAUUGAAUCCAAAACUUGAACCACUGGAAUAUCCACGUAAUAAAAUCAUUUAUAUUCGUGAUAUUGGUUGUGGUGCAUUUGGUCGGGUAUUUCUAGCCAAAGCACCUGGAUUAUUAGCCGAUGAGGAAACAACUUCGGUUGCUGUAAAAGUAUUACGUCAAGAAGCCAGUAUUGAUAUGCAAUCAGAUUUUGAACGUGAAGCAAUACUUAUGUCUGAAUUUGAUCAUCCAAAUGUUGUUCGAUUAUUAGGUGUUUGUGCACUUGGUAAACCAAUGUGUCUACUGGUUGAAUAUAUGGCAUAUGGUGAUCUUGCUUCAUUUCUACGAACAUUAGGUCCAGCAAACUAUGUAAUACGUCAUCCAAAUCAAGAAGCAUUUGUUGAUCUGCCGAAAAAAAUGACCACCGAAGAAUUGAUAAAAGUAGCCAAACAAAUUUCAUCCGGUAUGGUAUAUUUAUCCAGCAAACAUUUCGUACAUAGAGAUCUGGCUACACGUAAUUGUCUAGUCAAUGAUAAAUUGGUGGUAAAAAUUUCUGACUUUGGUCUUUCACAACGAAUGAAAGCAGCUAAUUAUUAUCGUGCUGAUAUUGCUAACGAUGCAUUACCAAUACGUUGGAUGCCAUUAGAAGCAAUAUUAUAUGGUCGAUUUACAACUGCAAGCGAUGUUUGGUCAUUCGGUGUAUUAUUAUGGGAAAUAUUCUCUUAUGCAUUACAACCAUAUUAUGGCCUUACACAUGAACAAGUGAUUUGUUAUCUAAAAGAAGGUAAUCUAUUAACAAAACCAGAAUCAUGUCCCGAUCAAAUAUAUGAUCUAAUGAAAACAUGUUGGCAAUCGGAACCAUCAACCAGGCCAUCAUUCGAAUCAUUAGAAUUUUCAUUGAAAGAUUUUUGUCUUCCUUCUUCUUCAAUUUCGAUUUCCGAAAAUGUUUUGACCGAUUGAAUUUAGCUCAAACAUUUCAUUCACACUCAGUCACUACACACACACACACACAUACCACACUUGAUUAUUAUCAUCGUAUUUAUUGAUUAUGAUCAUA